UUUCAGCCGUCUUGCCACGCCAGCAGGUCCCGCUCGCGGGCAAAGCUGGCCAAGAUGGAGACCGGGGCGGCCCAACUUUGCGAUGCAUGCCGCCAGCUCGACCUCACGCUAAACAAGUUCAAGAUCACGGCCAGCACCGGCUCCGACAGCAGAUUUGCCAGACCCAAUAAGAAACCGUUCGCCACUUUGGCCCAGCUGCACGCGAGAAAAUCCAACUGCCGUUUGUGCGCCGCCGUUUGGGACGCCGUGUCCUACGAAGGACAGGAGCAGCUGCCAAUUAACACCAUCCUCUACAUAUCUUGGGAGAUAGACGGCCGGGUCGAGCUCGGCAAAGACAGAUUCAUCAAAAAAUCCAGGCGGAUCCGGAUAUCCUGGAAGCCAGACCCAGCAGCUGCUAGCAGCCUCCAACAAUACAUCUUCAUCAUCUGCCUCGCUCACCCAGAAGCCACCCCUUCCGAAAGGCGCUUUUUGGGUCGCCGGGUCGUGCAAGAGUCCGAUAAGAUCUCCCUGAUCCGGUCCUGGAUUAUCCUGUGCGCGGGCGGGCAUGGGCAAGGGUGUAGGAGCUCGCUAUCUCCCGGGAAUAGUGCCCAAGAGCAGUUUUACCAGCUGGUCGAGGGCCCUUACUUUGGCGUUAUAGACGUUGUGGAUAUGCAGCUGAAGCCCUUACCCAAGAUAGCGAGCCGUAUGGUUGCUAACUAUGUGGCCUUGAGCUAUGUUUGGGGCCGCGACCCGGGCUCAGCUCCAUAUACGUCCACCCGGUCCAACGUCAUGCGCCACAUCCAAAAAGGCGGACUUGGAGCUGCCUGGGAUAAACUGCCUGCCACCAUCAAAGAUGCAUUCUUGUUGGUGCGGCGGCUGGGCCUCCGCUACCUCUGGGUAGAUUCGCUUUGUAUUACCCAGGACAGCCGGGUUUCUUGGAACUUUAACGCGCAAUCCAUGCACCUCGUCUACGGCUAUGCACUUUUUACCAUCUGCGCGGCCGACGGCGAUGCGACUACAGGGUUGAGGGCUGUGAGGCGAACCCUCGCCGAGAUGGAGUCGGCCGUGCUGAAAAGUAGGACUGGCAUGCCCUCUUCGCAAGCUACCGACGCUACCGAUGCCAACUUGCUAUCAGGGCACGCCCCAGGUGCGAUGGGCGGCCAGGAAAAUACGUCCAUCGUCGUCGAGUACAGUCCCGGGAUCGAUCUGCUUGUCUGCAGAUCCCCCGAGGCCGUCAUUGAGGCAUCUGCUUGGAGCAGCCGCAGUUGGACAUUCCAAGAACAGCUCCUUUCCAAAAGGUGCCUGAUAUUUGCCGAGGGCAAAGUCUACUUCCAGUGUCAAACAUCAUUCAUGUCGCAAGACGUCCACACCGAGCCCAUCCCUCAGCGCAACGGCGAUGGCAGCAACGACGGCCACGAACUUGGCUGGUCUCUCGAUUCGGAAUAUUCCGCCCAGCGAACCUUGGCCGAGCUGGAGACGCGGGCCUUUUGGUUCUACAUGAAAUGCGUCCAGCAGUACACGGGCCGAAUACUAACCAACCCCAAUGACGUGGGUGCGGCUUUCCAUGGGGCCUCGUGGCUUUUUAGCCAGCACAUGCGCUCCAACAUCAUCUACUGUCUGCCAGCCUCGCAUUUCGACCUUGCUCUCCUUUGGACGCCCUGUUCCCAGCUCCAGAGGCGCAAGCUUGAUCGGCAGUCGCAGCAUCGAGCUGGGGGCGGUCUCUGCUCGCAGGGUUCGAUUGAGGGAUGCUCUUGUAAAAGAGGCGAGGAAAGCUCCGAUAACGGAGAGUUUCCCAGCUGGUCGUGGGCCGGCUGGAUGGGUGGCAAGGCUGAGUACUCGCCUCAUAUGGUAGAAGGCUGUGUUUUAAACGUGCGGGAGUGGCUUCGAGAUCACACGUGGAUAGUGUGGCACGUUCGAGACGAGUCGGGGACCCUGCGUCCUCUUUGGAACAGUUCCCUUUGUCGCGAGACGGUUGUGCAAGAGGAGCGCUGGAGGGGCUACCGCGGCAGGUUUGGCGACUUUCCAAAUUCCGGAAAUCCGCCGCCGGCGCCUUGGCAAGAUGGCCGAAAAAGCACGAGACACGCCGCCCGCUCUCCCCAGCCAACUACGGGGUCAUUUCAGUACAAGGCUCUCGGUGAUCAACACCUGCUCCGGGAACAAGAGGACAUUUAUGGCCGCCGGGUCCGACACCAGAAGCUGCCAAGCGCAGACUUUGUCGGGAUCCUUCCCGAUCACCCUUUCGGCGUGCGCAUAGGGUCGUUUACGUCCAUCGCAGUCCGAUUGAUGCCCACGCUGCAGUUCUUCACCCAUUUGACAAUGCUCAAGGUUUUCGUCAGGGAUGAAAAUGUUGGCAGCGUGCAGUGCGACCAGGCGGCGCGCACAAACAGCCCGACGGACCCCACGGAGUCUUGUUGCUCGCGGACAAAAGACUCGUUGGAACGCAACGACGGCCAUGACAGAAACGUUGGUGGCAGCGCCACCAGCGGCCCUAGGUCUGUUACCACGGCAGGGGGAGAAAAGGAUAGGGCUGACAGCACGGCGAGCGGGCCGAACCCCGAACCUUGCGGCGCCGACGGACCGGUUCCAAACGCUGGCUCACAGCUGCCCGAAAGCCGCUGCGACAUUUUCGACAAUACCAACGACUGGUGCGGGGCCAUCAUGCUGCCGAAGCCGUGGAUCACGGCGCGGCAGGGGCUGGAGCUCGUGUUCAUCGCGCUCAGCGACGCCAUAACGUUUACUGACGAGGAGUGUCCGUCGUGGAAUCGCUACGUCCCCAAGAUGAAGAGCGACAGCCAGUGGGACCUGUAUUACGUCAUGUUGCUCGAGAAAUCAGCGGAUAACACCUUGUGGGAGCGCCGGGCAGUCGGGAAGGUGUUCAAGCUGGCUUUUGCGACAUCGACCUGGGAAGAGAUUCAGCUGGGGUAAUGGCCGGCUUUGGUUGCCGACAGGAUGCGCAUCGCGUUGCACGGCACCAACGGCUCCCCCGAGGAGGCCAUGAGGAAAUACGUCGUCGGUGGUGUGUCCAA